AUGAGAUCUUUUGCUAAUUCCACUAAUGGGCGUAAUGCUGUAAAACCUAAAAAGAAUAUUGAUGUCGUUAAAAGAAGUACACAACAAGAAUUAACUGCUACAAUUCCUGUAAGUGAUUCAUGGAUUGGUAAAGUUGUUCUUGAUAAUGCUACUGGUUUAGGUGUCGAUGUUCAUACUAUUGGAUCACUUGGAUUAUUGAAUAAGAGUAUUAUAUUUAGAGAAUUAUGUGAUUGUUUUGAUCAAUUUAAAAUCAUGGAUGUUCAUAUUUGUGGAGAUGUUGCUAAGGGUGUUUCCACUAAAAUUGAAUUUAAUGUUGUAUUUAAUAAAGAAUAUGCUUAUAGAGUUAGUACUGAUUCUGGUACAAGUUUUACAAAUGUUAGUUAUGACCAAUUGAUUGCCAUGAUUACUUCUGGUGAUUUAACUAAAGCUGAUAAAGCGAAUGAUUUAUUAACAUAUUUGAAUACAAAUUAUGCUAUUGGUAAGAAGAUUGAAAAGCCCUCUAAUGAUAAAGGUCCGAUAGGUACUCAGGAAGUAACAUUUCCUUGUAUUUAUGGUAUGGCUGCUAAAAGAACUAUUCCAAGUGGGUUUUAUCAAAAUAAUACCGAUGGUAAUGUUGUUUAUGCUGAACCAAGUUAUGAAGAAUUUGCUUCUUAUUCUUCUUAUAUUUAUCAAUCUAAAAUGCCAGGUGCACCAAUGCAUUUGUCUUUAGAUAUUCAAGGUGUUAGUAGCAGUGAAAAAAUGAUGACAAUUCCUACUAUUUUGAGUGGUAGAUUAUACGAAUUUAAACCAGAGAUACAAAAUGGACGAUUUAUACCUACUAUUUUAUAUGGUGCCAGAGCUAGUAUUCCAGGAGUAAAGAAUAAUUCUGACAAUGAUAAAUCUGAUACGAGAUUAUUGAGUGUAAUUCAAUAUUUUGAUGACAGUCAAUUUGAGUGGAAUUCCGAUUCUAGUAUAAAAUAUACUGAUGUUAGUACAUUACAAAAGGGUACUGCUCCAACUGAACAAACUCCCAAUGCAUUAUAUCCCAUUCUUAAAGCUACUACUAGAAUUGAAAUAACUGCUUAUCGUGGUACUGUUUUACCGUUUAUUGAUAAUACUAAGUGGACCGCUUAUUUGAAUGAUAUUGUUACUGGUGCAACAUUAAAUAUUGAUGAUAAUUAUCUUCUUAAAGUAAUGGGAUAUAUUACUGUUCGUUUUAAACAAUUACGAACUACUAGAAAUGAGGUUGUUGAAACUUAUUCAUUCAUGAGAUGGAGUAUUAGUGAUGGUACUCAUAAUUAUAGUGAACAGAUCCCUCUUACUGGUAAUGGUCAUUAUACCACUCAAAAUGGUUCAUUUGAUAUAUUCAUACGUUCCAAAGAUAGUACAUGGACUGCAUUACUUGGUACAAGUGCACUGAGUUCUAAUAAAUAUUUAUAUGCCAUCGCAUUUGGUAGUGUUAAUAAUUCAAUGCGUAUUUUUUCAUCUGCUGCUGUUGAUAAGAAUCAUGCAUUUGAUGCUAAUAGUUUUAUUAAUGAAGUUGGCUCUGCAAAUGUUAAUAAUUACAGUGUUAUUGUUGGUGUUAAUCUUAAUAGUGAUAAGCUCACUGGUGCUAAUACUGAUAAAUUUGCUUAUAAUGCUGGUGCUCUCAAUAUUGGUAGAACAAAUUCUGAUGAAUAUUAUGCUGCUAGUUAUGCUUCUGCUAAUUCUUCUUCUACUACUUAUGUUACUAAGAUUGAUUCAAUUUCUGGUAAGAUGAUUCCUUUAUUAACUGGUAAUUAA